GAUUGGAUUAUCGGAUCAAUUCCAACAACUCAAAGAGGGUAUUAUGCAUGGUUACAGCAAGAGCCUUGCAAUCUUCGCACUUGUUGGAACUGCAGGCGUUGGGAAGACUGCUCUUGCUGAGGCAUUUUAUGAAGAUCCAGAAAUCAUGAGCUUUUUUGAGGAUCGCGUGUGGGUCAGGGUAGGUAGAAAAUCUCAAUUCGACGAUGUUUCACGAGAGAUUCUAGCUCAAAUGUUUGGAAUCACACAAGGAGAUCGCGAACUACGUGCCUGCUUUAAAGAAAGAUUGGAGGGAAAGAAAUGCCUCAUUGUGCUCGAUGAUGUGUGGGAGAAACAGAUAUUAGAUUCCUUACUUAACAUACCUGGUAGAUCAAUUCAUGUCUUGGUUACUACUCGAGACCGAGGUAUAAUUCACUCACCUAUUUAUCCUCAACCUAUAAUAUUAGUGCGGUUUUUGAAUGAAGAAGAAAGUAAGGAGCUGCUGUGCGAGAAGGUGUUUGGUGAAAAGGAUUGCCCUUUUCAGCUUGACAAAGCCGUUACCAAAAUUGCCAAGAACUGUGAAGGUCUUCCUCUCGUGAUAGUCACAGUGGCUGACAUCCUUUCAAAAGCCCAGAAUACAGAUCCAAUAUACUGGGAAGAUGUAGCAGAAAUGCGAAAUUCAGUCUUCACGGAUGCAUAUAAUGAGAUAUCAAAGGUACUUUUCCCAAGUUACGACUACUUACCUCAAUAUCUUAAAUUGCCUUUUCUAUAUCUGGGAGUCUUUCCACCAGAUUAUGACAUUCCCAUAUCAAAGAUCAUGAAUAUGUUGGCCACUGAGGGCUGGUUUCAAAACACAAAGAAAGAGCAAUCGUUGGAGGAUUCUGUCUGGCGAUGCUUGGUCGAGCUUUGUUUUGAUACGAAUCUUGCUUUAUUCAACAAAAGGACCAUUUAUACCAACGAUCGGUCUGUUAUUCAUAAAGGCUUGUAUAAAAAUUGUCGGCUUCUUUCUUCGUGGCGGCACGUGUGUAGAGGAGAGGCUCGGAGGAACAAGUUUUAUCAUGUCUUAAAAAAACGUGUUGAAGGCUUAGAAGAUGAUGUAAAAGGUCAGCGUUGCUUGUGUCUUGAAAAUAACCUUUUAUUUAGCAUCAAAGAAUUUUGCAACUCCGUGAGAUUGAACUGUGCAUCCUCCACACGUUCUCUCCUUUUUUUUGGUCCAUACCACCAAUAUCCGAUCCCAAUAGGUGACUAUUUCAAGUUGCUUGGGAAACUAGAUGCUCUUAAUCUGCGUUUGUACAUUUUCCCAACAGUUACACUGAUCCUAUUGAAGUACCUUGCUCUAACUUGCAACGGAGAACUCCCUACCACUAUAUCCAAACUUUUCAACCUUCGAGUCUUGAUUAUCCACCCGCAUAGCAACAUUAGAAUUUGUGGAGCUCCAUCAUAUGUACCAAUAGAAAUAUGGGAUAUGAAAGAGUUAGAGCAUAUUGAGUUAUUGGGGAAGAGCCUUGUAGCUCCAUCUCAUUAUGCUUAUUUGGAAAAGCUCUCAACACUUGUAGGUGUAAAUGCCAGCAUCUGUACUAUCUUGGAACUCUCUCGAAAAGUUCCUUGUAUAAGGAAAUUAGGAGUUCAAAUUGAGCUGACGCCUUAUGAUGACCAUGGUGACCUUUUAAGUUGCUUUGGUUGCGUUUCAACACUAGGAAGGGUUGAGACAUUGAAAUACAGUAUCAUAAAUCCAGUGGUUAAGUAUGAUUAUGCAUUUGCUAGUUCAUUGAUGAUGUUUCCUGGUGGAUUGAAAAAAUUACAUUUGAGUGGCAUGGGUUUUUCUUGGGAAUACAUGGAUGUAAUUGGCUCUUUGCCAUUUCUUCAAGUGCUCAAAUUGCGAGCCUACGCAUUUCUGGGUCCAAUAUGGGAAGUGCAAGAGGGCAGGUUUUUUAGGCUUGAGUUUCUUCUGAUUGAAGACAGUGAUUUGGUGCAAUGGAUACCGAGAUCUGGAAGCUUCCCUAAGCUUACAUUCCUACGCAUGGAACAUUGCUACAAACUACAAGAGAUCCACUGGCCGUCUGAAUGUAAGUUCGGAAUGAUGGAAUUAGUGAACUGCAAUCCUGUGGCUUUGACUUGUGCCAAGCAAAUACAGCCGAAUCCAUGGUCUUGCCUUGAAGUUACUGCCUCUUCUUCUUUCGACAAGAAACCCAUUACUAUCAAGUUUGAAAGGUAUGGAUCUGAUUGGGAUUGAAUAAAAUAUAGGUGGAAAGUUGCUGGCUUUGGAAAGAAGAGGGGCCAAAAUUCAUCUGAGUAGAGUGGCACAGUGAGUAGUUUAAAUGGGGGUGACAAACUUUGGAACCUCAAUUUGAUUGGUUUGAUUAUGUUUGUGUGUCGCAGUUCACUGCUAAUAUUGAGGAUAAUCUUUAUGAUUACUUUUGAGAUUUGAGUAAUGAAAUUUGGGAGUUUUUAUACUCUGUUAAGAA